AUGUUCUCUGUAGCUCUGAUGCUGCUGCUGGCAGCUGGAUCCUGUGUGAAGUGUGAACAGUUGACACAGCCAGCCUCAGUGACUGUGCAGCCAGGUCAACGUCUGACCAUCACCUGUCAGGUCUCUUAUUCUGUUAGCGACUAUUACACAGCUUGGAUCAGACAGCCUGCAGGGAAAGGACUGGAGUGGAUGAGUUAUGACACAGACGUCAAAGAUUCACUAAAGAACAAGUUCAGUGUCAACUUAGACUCUUCCAGCAACACAGUGACUCUAAAUGGACAGAAUAUGCAGCCUGAAGACACUGCUGUGUAUUACUGUGCCAGAGAACUUAACUGUGACAACUGGGCUUUCGACUAUUGGGGAAAAGGCACUAUGGUAACAGUAACAUCAGCUUCAUCGACUGCGCCAACUUUGUUUCCCCUGAUACCAUGUGGCUCCGGGACCGGAGACAUGAUCACUCUUGGCUGCCUCGCCACCGGCUUCACACCCUCCUCACUGACCUUCUCAUGGAACAAAGAUGGUGUUGCCUUGCCCUCGACGGAUGUCAUUCAGUAUCCUUCAGCACAGAAAGGAAACGUUUAUACGGGAGUCAGUCAAGUUCGAGUGAGGAGACAGGACUGGGAUAGCAAGCAGGCUUAUCAGUGUGCCGUGACACAUCCAGCAGGAAAUGUUCAUACUGAAGACAUCCGUAAAAAAGAACCGCGAGUUAUCGCUCCAAAUAUCACAUUAUAUCCUGUCUGGGAAAGUGAUUUUGCGACCUCAGCAGUUAGACUUCUCUGCAUCCUAAGUGGCUUUUUCCCAGACGAACUGAGUGUGACAUGGCAACAAGACAACCAAAAUUUAAACAUCGAGAACACCACAAGGAAGCUGCAGAGUGUGGUGGAAGUGGAGAAGACCUUCAGUCUAAGCAGUGAGAUUGUGCCAAAUGAGACAGAGUGGAAAAAAGGUUCAACAUUUUCAUGCAAGGCCAGCCACAACAGCAAAGAGUUUGAAAAAUCAAUAAAUAUAUGUCAAUUCUAUGCAACUGCUCCUCCUUACAUUCAUGUGGAGAUUCCUAGCUUCAAGAUAGCAAUGAUGGCAGCAGUUAAGGUGAAAGCAACUUGUCUGGUCCACACUGUUUUUGAUGCUACGGUGACCUGGCUGUUGGAUCACAUACCUCACUCCAAUAACCAAGUGAACCCCACAAGAAACUCAACUCAUAUAAUGAGCAUUCUGACAGUUUCCUUAAGUCAGUGGAAAAAUAUGACGCUUCUUAAAUGUAAAGCUGCACAUAGAUGUUUCUCAUCCGCUGAAAAGACCAUCGUUGUUUCAAAAGCUGAAGUUACAAGUCCAUCAGUGGAGAUCAGGAGAUUUCUCCCAGAUAUACUGAAGGGAGACAGAGCUGUGCUCGAAUGUGUCAUCACACAACUUUCCUCCAGUGAUGUUUACGUCACCUUUCAGGCCAACAACACUGACAUCUCUGAUAAACAAUUUGUUGAUCUUCCUGAAAGCCCAGGCCCUCAUUCAACCAGUGAAUAUUUCACUGUCCCUAACAAGUACUGGCAAAAAGACACACGUUUCACCUGCAAAGUGAAUCUAGGCUUCUCCAACAGAAACAUCUCGUCAAGUUCAACUGUCAAUAUUUUUGUGGAUCUAUCAGUGGAGCUGCUGCUUCUUCCCAGUGAUGAGUCAGGACCACAGACACUCAUAUGCUCUGGAAAGGGCUUCAACCCUCAAAUUGAGUGGUUUCAUGAGUCUCAGCAAAACACUACUGACAUCAGUCUGGCUGCAGAUGGACUUGUGGUAGUAACCAGUCAACUACAAGUCCCCCAAACAGACUGGAAAACAGGGAAGGUCUUCACUUGUCAAGUGUCUGAUGGGUCUCUGAAUACAAAUGUCACGAAGAACAUCAGCCUCUGCUCAGUAACUCUACCAUCAUAUCAGACAGUUGGUGUGUAUGUUUGGGGACCGCCCGUCCAGCAGCUUCAGGACAAGGGACAAGUGACUAUCACCUGCCUUCUGGUUGGCUCUCAUCUCAGUGAUUUCUCCAUCACCUGGAAAGUAGGUGGGAGCAGUUAUUCUCCAAAUAUGCGUACGGAGCCACCAGAGAGUCACAGGAAUGGGACAGAAACUUUGCGGAGCUUCCUCAGUGUGUCAGCAGAAGAUUGGCACACAUAUAAACAAGUAUCUUGUGAGGGAAAGCACAAAUGUUCCAACCAAGUCUACAAGGACCAUAUAAGCAAAAGCACAGGUACUGAUAUACCAUAGCAUCAAGUAGAUUCUUUAUGAUUCAUUAUUGCUGUUUGUGAAUGUUUAGAGUUGUGCAUAGUUUGAGAAGUCAAGAUAACAUUGGAAACUCAACAGCUAGAAACAAUAUUUUCCAUGAUGCUGGUUGUGACUAGUAAGGAUUCCACUUAUUCUUGUGUUGUCAAGCAUGAAUCAUCUGAAACGUAUUUUAAAAGCACUAUAAAGGAUGUGUUUGCCAGUGUGACCCCCACCAAACCUAUAGCCACCUUGCUCCAGGGCUCUGCUGAACUCUUGUGCCUGGUGUUUGGCUUCAGUCCUGCUUCCAUUAACAUCACUUGGCUCCUUGACGACACACAGGAGCUGUUGGACUACAACACCAGUGAACCCCACAGAGGCCCAGAUGGAAAGUUCAGCAUCCAAAGCCGCCUUCAUCUGUCCCGAUCCAACUGGUUAUCUGGGGCAGUCCACACCUGCAGGGUAACACACGCAACCAUCACCCUUUCUCUGAAUACAUCUAAACCAGUAAUCAUGGAGGACUGCGGUUUCUUAGAUGACAUUAUGCAUGCUGAUGUUAACCAGGACAUAGGCGUGGAAAGCUGGUAUAUGGCUGUCAUGUUCCUCGUUUUGUUCAUCAUCUCCAUAGUCUACGGUGUCUUGGCUACCCUAUUCAAGACUAAAUGAUGAUGACCACAGGACAGCUCCUACUUUAUGUGGACUUUUGAAAAGUAUUAUGAACUGAUUGUGAUUUUAUAUUUCAACUUCAUUAUACAA